AGGACGGACAGAUUUUAUCUCCGAAGUAGGAGAGUUCCUUUGCAUUUCUUGGCACAUCUGAAUAUCUCAUUGUCGUUUCUAACAGUCAUAGAUUUAUGACGGCAAGAUAGGAAUUGUCAUUUUCUCUAAAAAUAAUGGAAGAACCAGAGAGGGGGAUUAAUUCUAAUUCACAAAAUUGUUCUUCCGGCCCUUGUUCCACAUAUUCCGCCAUGGGACGAUUUUUCCAGAGAACAAGUGCAUUUGACUGUAUGCACCCCUCUCAGUCGGGGGGUGUAGGACUAGCUCCAACACCCACAGGAUUUGGAUACUCAGCAUACCCAGGUGAUUGGGGAUUUAUGCACGGACCGAGCUACACACCCAGCUUUAACUUCAACAGAACUUUAAACAGUCCUUCCAAUUUUUACACCGUAUCAAGAGACUUUGGGACUUCGCUCGGACAUACUGUGACUGGUCCACCUCCUUUAAUUGGAGCUAGUGCGGGCUCUGUGGGAAUUUCCUGUGAACCGGCGGAUAAUUAUGGGUCCGGACUGUGUGGGGAAUCGCCAUGUUCUCCGGCAACCAGUGACAACUGUUUGUCAGAUGAUCUGGACAAAAAAGAAAACAAAGGACAUGACAAUGAUCCUUACAAAUUAGAUUUAUCAGUCAAACCUCGCAAGGAGAGAACAGCUUUCACAAAACAUCAGAUCCGAGAGCUGGAAAAGGAAUUCACCGUCCAUAACUACCUAACUAGACUGAGGCGGUACGAAAUCGCAGUGGCCCUCGAUCUGACCGAGAGACAGGUAAAGGUUUGGUUUCAGAACAGACGAAUGAAGUGGAAGCGUGUAAAAGGAACGAAGCUGGUCAAAGACAAAGUGGACGGACAACUGAAGCCCAUCAUGGCGCCUAACAUAUCCUCAACAGCCUCUGAAGUACAAAACUGUGAAAUUCAGCAAAGUUAACUCACGGAUUAAAAGAAAAAAACAUUGUCCAUCAUCUAUACUCAUAUGGAAAAUAAUGCAGCUACAUGUAUAUUUUUCUGGGAGUUUUGCAAAAAUCACAAUGUUUGAAAUUUAUGUGUACACAGAGAGUCGAACACUGGAUGACACCCGCAUCAUGUGUUGGCGUGGGAGUAAAGCAUCUAUACCAAAUAUUGACUGUUGGUCGUGUAUGCAACAUAAGAAACCUUGCCUUUCUUAGGACUGCUUUAAUUUGGAGAUAUCCUUUGACUAUUUGAACAAUGUCUCAUAUUCUGUACCCUGCCUUGUUUCAACUCUUUGGAAUCAUAUUUAAUAUUCAUGCAUAAACGCCUUUCCUUCGAAUUUUUGAGAGCCUGCAGCAAUGUUUGUAUGAAAUCGUUUUCGAGUUUAUCAAGAAUAUUCUUUGUCAGGUAUUUACACGGAUUAAAAUCAUCUUUUGAUGAAAAAACAAGCCCUUUAACAUUGAAAGUUCUUCAAUCAGUUAACCAAUUUGCAAUUGACUGAAAUCCCUCAUUAAGACUUUCAUACAUACUUGUGUAUUGAAAUAAAGUUUUAAAUGAAA